UGUGACUGUCUAUCCUUUCUGCUGCGCGUUCAUACGCAUUUGGAAAACAUUGCUCAUUUUUCAUUUGUCUCCAUGAGCUGAUCCCUAUUCAUUAAUACCUAACCAACCACACCAUGUCUUUCGCCGGCUACUUCUUCGGAAACGUUGACAAAUCAGGCAAGGUCGAAGACCUACCGGAGGAAUUCCGUGAGGCUUUGGAGAGUUUAGAGAACAGUGAACAGCUUACGCACCUCUUCUCCGCAAAGACAUUGGGCGUCGAUGAGAGUGAGGUCCAACCUCAAGGUCCAGAUGCAUCUGGUGGAGUUGACAAUGACGAGGACGAUGAAGAAGACCAAGAUGGCGAGGUCAACUUUGCUACUAUCAAAUCUACUUUUGAACAUGACAAGGAUGCUGUUGACUUUUCAGAAAUCAAUGACCUCGCUGUGGAUAAUUCAGAACAGAUGUUCAGUAACCAGUAUCUACAAAAAGGACUCUCCACGAUGGCCUCAACAGCGAUGAAAAGUAAUUUAGCAAAGAGCGCUAGCGGUAACAGGGGCAAGUCAAGGCUUGACAGUAUGGAUGAAGAUUAUGAUGCUGAUGGUGCAGACGAGGAGAGAGCCCCGACAACAAGCUUAUCAUUGCCACCAUCUUCUUCAACAGCAUCAAACAUCACAACAGCCCCAAAAUCAGCACUAUCGUUACUUCAGCAACAACAACUUUACCUUCUAGAAGAACAGCAAAAGUUGAAUCAGACUGCAGCGGGCAGUGCAGGAAGCAAAGUCGCUCUUCCACCUUCUACUUUGCCACCCCUCUCAGGAACGACCGCUGGACCUUCUGCACCUGUAGAGCCCAUUGAUGUACAUGCACUAUACCCUGCGUUCGAGAAGAACAAGAUCCUCAAAUUUUCGGAGCUGUUCAAUAUCAAACGACUGAAGCGCUUCCCACACUCAAAAGUGAAGCCUGCCGACUUCCCAACUAUCAAUAAAUUUACUCGCGAAUAUGAUCAACGGAAAAUAUUUGACCAACCAGAGGAUCCAAUAUCCGUUGAAGAUCAGGAUGUUGAUCCCUAUGAUGCAUAUGAGAAUUUAGUUGACAAAGAAUGGGCAAAUAGCUUGCAAUGGAAAGUACCGGACACCAAAGAUCUCUACUCUGUACAGCUCGAAGAAUGGGAGGAUAAAAUUAUUUGGGACGAUGCAGUAGUCCCAUUGAAAACCUCAGAAACAAGCGGCGCUGGCAGCACAACUACUGAAAAUACUGAAGACAGCUCAAAGGAAAUCUUCGCUAUUCGUAACUAUGAACUAGAGAACGGUGAUUGGGAAGAAUCGAUUAUUUGGGACGAAAACAAGCCCUUUAAACCAUUCACUCAGAUCAGUUUCAACAUGAAUGAUGCCAAUGUUUUAUUUGACCUUACUUCAAUGGAUUCCAAGACAAUGGGAGAGGGAUUCAGAGUCAAACGUGGGAAGAAGGCCAUAUUGCCAGCAUAUCGUGUAGUAACCAAAACAAAUGACCCUUCAGAGGAAGAAACGCACAGAAAACUUCAAAUUGAUCGCUUCAACUUAUCAAACGAUCGGUUUUACGAAGCCCACAAGGAGGGGCGUUUCCAUAGGGUACGUCAGACAUUUGGACAGCUGGUUGUUCAGCACGCUCUUCCUGCCGUCAAGUUGAUGAAGCCAUGGUACAAGAACAAGUUGACAAAAUCAGAACAACGGUCAUUCCACAGACCGCAGCUUCAACUACCACUCAAUGUUGACAUUACAUUUUCGCGCGUAAAAGGUAGCAAAAAGAAGAAACAAAAACGCAAGGAGCUGGGCGAAGUCAUGAGAGGCUCAAAGGAUUUGACGUUGCGUGACAACACCAACUUUGUUCUACUGGAGUAUUCGGAGGAACAUCCAGCAAUUAUUCAAAAUGUAGGCAUGGGAAGCUUCUUGAUAAAUUAUUACCGUAAGGAGAAUAUUGACGAUACCCACAUACCCCAAAAGGAAAUCGGAGAACCCUUUGUUUUGGAUGUUGCCGAUGCCUCGCCAUUUCUGGGUUUUGGAAAUGUGGAGCCAGGACAGACUAUCAGCGCACUUUAUAACAACCUGAUCAGAGCACCUGUAUUCGAGCAACCAGCAAGAAACACAGAUUUUCUAGUCAUUAGGACGACCUAUAAGGGCGAGACCAAGUAUUAUAUCAGACAUAUCCCACAUCUCUACGUUGUCGGUCAAACAUAUCCUGUCCAGGACGUCCCCGGCCCUCAUUCAAGGAAGAUCACAACCAUGGUCAAGAAUCGCCUCCAAAUCUCAGCAUUUAGAUUUAUUCGCAAGGAUCCAUACAAUCGCCUACGGUUUGCCAAACUCGUCAAGGCCUACCCUGAGUAUUCGGAAAUUCAGAUUCGUCAGAGACUUAAGGAGUUUGCAGAAUUCCAACGGAAGGGCAACAAUACAGGCUUUUGGAAAUUGAAAGCGAGCACGCCACUACCAAGCGAAGAGGAGAUCCGUAAACUGGUAACACCAGAGAUGGUGUGCUUAUAUGAGAGUAUGUUAGUUGGUCAGCGGUAUUUGCAGGAUGCUGGUUAUGGUAAAGCAGCGGAUGGCGAGGAUGAUGGAAACGAGGAUUAUGAGUCCAAUAUGGACAUUGAAGAGCAGCUCGCACCGUGGAUUACAACACGCAACUUUAUCAACGCAACCCAGGGCAAGGCCAUGUUGAAACUUUGGGGAGCUGGUGAUCCAACGGGUCGCGGUGAAGGCUUUAGUUUUGUCCGCAUUAGCAUGAAAGAUAUUUUCUUGAGACAAGGGGAGUCUCUUGAGGAGAGAUUAGCGCAGAUCGAACUUCUUCCAAAGAGUACGCAUCGCUACAAUGUUGCAGAGCAGCAGCAGGUUUACAAGGAGGAGAUUACACGUAUUUGGAACAUGCAACAUCAGGCGCUGAGCAAUACUGAAGAAAUUGAUGGUAACGACGAUGUCAUUGGGAACGAAGAAGAAGAAGAAAAUCUCAAUCGACAGAGGCGUGAAAUGUCUACUGUAGACCGUAGUCGUGUCUCACCCUCGCCGUCAUUGUUUGGCCGAUAUCGUGAUAGUGCUGAUCGCGGUGGAGACCGUGAUCGUGACCGAGACAAUGACAUGGAUGAUGACAAUGUCUCAGUUGCUGGUAGUAUUAGCUCGCGUACCAGUGUUGGCAACUUUGGAUCGUCUCGAAACAAAUGCUUGAUCAUCAAGCGACUUAUCCGUCUGGAGAACGGCGAGACCACAUGGAAAUCUGAAACUAUUCGUGACCCUGCAGUCAUGAAUGCUUACAUUCGUCAACGUCAGCUAAUUGAAGAAAACUCGAUCAGCACUGAAGCACUCGAGCCAACAAACGAUGAGGCUAAGAAUGAACGUAUGAGGAAACGCAUUCUGGAGGAAAUCGCCAGACUUAACAGGAAUCAGGAGCGUAGAAUGGCUAGAGCAGCAGCCAAAGCCGGUAACACGAGCUUGGAUCUGCCUGUUAACCCUGCCACUGCGACCCUCAAAAAGAAGGUGAUUCGUCAAUGUAGCAACUGUGGUGCAUUGGGUCACAUGAAAACCAACAAAAAAUGUCCCAAAUAUGUUGACCCUUCAGGAGCACUUCCCAACUUGGGUGUGACAGGCACAGGAUACAUGACUGCAGGAGGCGUUGGAAGUAUAAUGUCUCCACCACAUGUCCCAGUACGCCCAACACCUCUUGCGCCACCUAGUGCACCACCACCAAUGGUUAGGGGCGGAUCAAUGACAGGCGAUUUUAUUAGACAAGGAUCACCACAAUCCUCCGGCGUCAGUAGUAACAAAAUUUCGAUUCCCAAAGCUGUCAUUGACCGUGUUGCGGAUCUGGAGAAGGAACGUGAGAAAGAGGAAAAAGAGGCUCUUGUAGUCCGACUUCCCUCUAAAAUGCUCCAGCCGACACCACCCAAGAGGAAGCGAAGCGAAUCUGCAACCCAGCACACGGAAGACGACUUUAUGGAUUACUUCCCGCCCGUUAAAUCAUAUGGUCGUCGAAAGAAAGCAGAUGUCGAGCUCGCCAAUAUUAUCGAAUCUGUGCUUUCCACAAUCCUAUCAAUGCAAGAGGCUACCGCUUUUAUUUCCCCAGUAUCGUCCAAGAUUGCGCCUGGCUAUGAUAUUGUGAUUAAGCAACCGCGCGAUUUGUCGGGUAUGAGGGAUGCCAACAAAAACUACUAUGCGUACCGCACUGUUGAUGCAUUUUUGACCGACAUGCGGAUCAUGGUCAACAAUUCAUGGAUAUAUAAUGGAGAACAUUCACCAUGGACUAAAGCGGCAAUGGUAUUGCUUGAAAAGGCUGAAGGGAUUCUGGCGCCACAGAUGGAAACAAUUCGGCAGCUAGAACAGGAAAUUCUUGAAGCAGAUAUGAAAGCCAAUAUUUAUGGCGGUAUGACCACUCCAGGAGGGACCGGACCCGGCGGUGCAACAAGCACACCGCCUCCUGCAAAUCUGCCGAGCAUGCAUCCAGGUGGUUAUGGUGUUUAUACGAGUGCGACAUUCCCAGGCAUUGGCAAGCCUUUCUUAGGAUUCCCAGUACCCGGAUCCAAGAACAGCAACAAUAGUAAUCCAAGUACCACAGCAACCACAGCUAUAGCAGCCCCGCUGUCAUCCUCGUCAUCAGUGGCACCUGAUAGUACGACGUCCGAUGCAGGAGAAGUGCAGGUGAAGGCUGAGAACAUGGAUUGGCAGUAAUGGUGUGACUCGUGUAGUUUAAUAAAGCCGCAAGGCGAAGCAAUAUUCAUUU